AUGCUGAGCUCCCGGGCCCGGGAGGCGGUGAGCGCGGCUGACAGGGCCAUCCAGCGCUUCCUGCGGACCGGGGCGGCCGUCAGGUAUAAAGUCAUGAAGAACUGGGGUGUCAUAGGUGGACUGGCCGCUGCUCUUGCAGCAGGAAUAUAUGUGAUUUGGGGUCCCAUCACAGAAAGAAAGAAGCGCAGGAAAGGGCUCGUGCCUGGCCUCGUCAACUUGGGGAACACCUGCUUCAUGAACUCCCUGCUGCAGGGUUUGUCCGCCUGCCCCGCCUUCAUCAGGUGGCUGGAAGAGUUCACCACGCAGUACACCGGGGAUCAGAAGGAGCCCCUCCCACACCAGUAUUUAUCCCUGACACUGCUGCACCUCCUGAAAGCUCUCUCCUGCCAAGAAGUGACAGAGGACGAGGUCUUGGAUGCAAGCUGCCUGCUGGACGUCUUAAGGAUGUACCGAUGGCAGAUCUCUUCCUUCGAAGAGCAGGAUGCUCACGAGCUAUUCCACGUCAUCACCUCGUCGUUGGAAGAUGAGCGGGACCGCCAGCCCCGGGUCACGCAUUUGUUCGAUGUGCAUUCCCUGGAGCAGCAGCCGGAAGUCACUCCCACACAGAUAACCUGCCGCACAAGAGGGGCACCUCAUCCCACAUCCAAUCAUUGGAAAUCUCAGCAUCCUUUUCAUGGGAGACUUACUAGUAACAUGGUCUGCAAACACUGUGAACACCAGAGUCCUGUUCGAUUCGAUACCUUUGAUAGCCUUUCACUAAGUAUUCCAGCUGGCACCUGGGGUCAUCCCCUGACCCUGGACCACUGCCUUCACCACUUCAUCUCGUCAGAAUCAGUGCGGGAUGUUGUAUGUGACAACUGCACAAAGAUUGAAGCCAAAGGGACGUUGAACGGGGAGAAGGUGGAGCACCAGAGGACCACUUUCGUUAAGCAGUUAAAACUGGGGAAGCUCCCUCAGUGUCUGUGCAUUCACCUGCAGCGGCUGAGCUGGUCCAGCCACGGCACGCCCCUGAAGCGGCACGAGCACGUGCAGUUCAACGAGUUCCUGAUGAUGGACAUCUACAAGUACCGCCUCCUCGGACAUAAACCCGGCCAGCACAGUCCCAAACCCAAGGAGAAGGCGGGCCCUGCGCUGGAACUGCAGGACGGGCCGGCCGCCCCCAAAGCAGGUCUGAAUCAGCCAGGAGGCCCCAAAACCCAAAUUUUUAUGAAUGGUGCCUGCUCCCCGUCUUUGUUGCCCACCCUGCCAGCCCCAAUGCCCUUCCCCCUCCCGGUGGUUCCGGACUACAGCUCCUCCACGUACCUCUUCCGGCUGAUGGCAGUCGUCGUCCACCACGGAGACAUGCACUCGGGACACUUCGUGACUUACCGGCGGUCCCCCCCUUCGGCCAAGAACCCCCUCUCCACCAGCAACCAGUGGCUGUGGGUCUCCGACGACACUGUCCGCAAGGCCAGCCUGCAGGAGGUCCUGUCCUCCAGCGCCUACCUGCUGUUCUACGAGCGCGUGCUCUCCAAGAUGCACCAGAGUCGGGAGUACAAGUCCGAGGAGUGA